GCCGGUCUAAUUGAAGCCAACGGAGAACUCAAGGUCUUCAUAGACCAGAACCUUAGUCCCGGGAAAGGCGUGGUGUCCCUCGUGGCCGUUCACCCCUCCACCGUCAACCCGCUCGGGAAGCAGCUCUUGCCAAAAACCUUUGGACAGUCCAAUGUCAACAUUGCCCAGCAAGUGGUAAUUGGUACGCCUCAGAGACCGGCAGCGUCAAACACCCUGGUGGUAGGAAGCCCACACACCCCCAGCACUCACUUUGCCUCUCAGAACCAGCCUUCCGACUCCUCACCUUGGUCUGCCGGGAAGCGCAACAGGAAAGGAGAGAAGAAUGGCAAGGGCCUACGGCAUUUCUCCAUGAAGGUCUGCGAGAAGGUGCAGAGGAAAGGGACCACUUCCUACAACGAAGUGGCAGACGAGCUGGUUGCGGAGUUCAGUGCUGCCGACAACCACAUCUUACCAAACGAGUCAGCUUAUGACCAGAAAAACAUAAGACGGCGCGUCUACGAUGCCUUAAACGUGCUAAUGGCCAUGAACAUCAUCUCCAAGGAGAAGAAGGAGAUCAAGUGGAUUGGUCUGCCCACCAACUCGGCUCAGGAAUGUCAGAACUUAGAGGUGGAAAGACAGAGGAGACUUGAAAGAAUAAAACAGAAACAGUCUCAACUUCAAGAACUUAUUCUACAGCAAAUUGCCUUCAAGAACCUGGUGCAGAGAAACCGGCAUGCGGAGCAGCAGGCCAGCCGGCCACCGCCACCCAACUCAGUCAUCCACCUGCCCUUCAUCAUCGUCAACACCAGCAAGAAGACGGUCAUCGACUGCAGCAUCUCCAAUGACAAAUUUGAGUAUCUGUUUAAUUUUGACAACACAUUUGAAAUCCACGAUGACAUAGAAGUGCUGAAGCGGAUGGGCAUGGCUUGCGGGCUGGAGUCGGGGAGCUGCUCUGCCGAAGACCUUAAAAUGGCCAGAAGUCUGGUCCCCAAGGCUCUGGAGCCGUACGUGACAGAAAUGGCUCAGGGAACUGUUGGAGGCGUGUUCAUCACGACGGCAGGUUCCACGUCUAACGGCACAAGGUUCUCUGCCAGUGACCUGACCAACGGUGCAGAUGGGAUGCUGGCCACAAGCUCCAAUGGGUCUCAGUACAGCGGCUCCAGGGUGGAGACUCCGGUGUCCUACGUCGGGGAGGAUGACGAGGAGGACGACGACUUCAACGAGAAUGACGAGGACGACUGACGCCCCCCCCACUUCAGACUCGGCUUCAGGAAAACCUUCAGCGACUGACGCCCCCCCCACUUCAGACUCGGCUUCAGGAAAACCUUCAGCGAAAAGAAACUUCUUUUUUAAUGUGGGUUUUCUGUUUCCUUUUGGCCUACUCCCAAGAAGAUAUUGGUAAGCUAUUGAAUUUAGAUACGCACCUCUGAUAAGCAAGGAUUGUUUCCCGUAGGAUUAGGACGUGCUGUGGAUGUGUGUUUUGAUACCAGUGUGCUGAUGCAGAGCGUUUAUUUACUGGUUAGGAUUUUGUGUUUUCAUUUGCUAUUUUUCUUUAAGUGCAGAGUUCAUUUUUGCCCCUGAAAAGUUUUUGCUGAGUUUGCUGAAGAAAUUGUAUUUCAACCACAUCCAUGAAAAUAAAACACCUCCUGUUGUGGAUGGUGAGCCCCUGAUGCCGCUUAUUUGCCGUGAGUUUGGACGGCGCCCCUGCUGGCGGAUAGCGAGACUCUGUGGAGUUUGUUCAGUGGUACGGUGUCCAAGCAAACAGCAGAAUCCAACUUUCUAAACAGCCCCAAGCAAACAGCAGAAUUCGACUUUUUAAACAAUAAACACCAUCAACCUUAUUGACUUUAUUGUCCCUUAAAUUAUAUUGACUGUUGUGAUUCCAUCAAGUUUGUACACUCUUUUCUCUCCCUGUUUUGCAGCAACAAAUUGCGAAGUGCUUUUGUUUGUUUGUUUUCGUUUGGUUAAAGCUUAUUGCCAUGCUGGUGCGGCUAUGGAGACUGUCUGGAAGGCUUGGAAUGGUUUAUUGCUUAUGGUAAAAUUUGCCUGAUUUCUUACAGGCAGCGUUUGGAAACCUUUUAUUAUAUAGUUGUUUACAUACUUAUAAGUCUAUCAUUUAAAGACAUGUACUGAAACAAAUGUAUUUGUUUCAUAAGCAUCUUCCUGUAAUCUAUUAUAAAAUUGAAAUUAAAUAUAGAGAAUGUUUUAACAA